UAGAAUAUACAUGCACCGUUCUUUGGAGGCUGAGGCUGUGACGCAGUGAUACUCGUCUGAACUUUUACUUUUCUGCGACUCUCUCUGCGAGUUUCUGUCGGCUGUGUGUUGACCUGCCGUCAUGGCUGGAUUCUGGCUCCUGGCAGCGUUGAUGUUGGCAACACUGAGCUCAGCUGAAGCCCAGAAAAUACCGUCGUACUUCAAGCUUGGCGGUACGUUGACUCUGAGGCCUCCUUUCUCUGGGACGAUCACCAGCAUGGUUUAUAAGUUCAAAGGUAACCUGGUGGCUGAAUGGGCGGAAAACGGGGUUCCUUUGACUUAUUACAGCACCUUUGAUGGACGCACACACCUGAACACUACAACUGGAGAGUUGGAGAUCAGCAACCUGACUAAAGAUGACAUUGGAGAGUUUGUAGUGGAGAUCAACAACAUCGUCCAGAGUCAAAGGUUUGAAUCUGUGGAGAUCAAGGAUGUACCUGAUCCUUCUGUGACUGUGAGACCAUUAGUCUGUGACUCAUCUUCAUCCAGCUGUAACCUGUUUUGUUAUGGAGAAAUUAAAGAGUCUAGACCGGUCACUUUCUACUGGAGGAAAGAUGACGGAGACUGGAAGGAGUCAGAACAAGUCAUGGACAUCACCAACGAUGAGGAAACUAAAAAAGUAGAGACGUUCUCCUGCAGAAUGAAGAACCCAGUCAGUGAGAAAGACAGUGAACCUGAACAGAAUCCAUUUCACCCAGAGUCAGACCCCAAACCCGAUCCAGAUGUGGGUGAUAUUGUGCGUGCUCCUCUGAUUCCUGAUCCCAAACCAGAUGGACCCUGAACAUUACCCUGUUUUUUGAUCAGGUUCGUGCAUGGGGUGAUGAAUAUGAAUUGAUAUCUAACAGUGUAAACGCGACGCUUUGUCCUUUCCAUAUAUUCAUAUAGCAUGAUAAGUUUUUCUCUCUUGAAAUAUCAGAAAACAAAUAAAAAGAUCAUAUAACUUGUUAUCAUAUUCAGAGGACCCAUUUUCCUGCAUCUUUUCCUGUGAUCACAUUUUAAAAAAUAAAUAAAUAAAAAUAAUCUUUGCAUUAA